UUCCGGUUUGGCUUUGAUUGGCGCCGCGUCGGGGCCAGAGGCCGGCGGGCUUGUCUCGCUCAGAGGCGCGGCUGUCAUCUUCGCGGUCGGAGCGGGUGAGAUGGCGGCCGCCUCCUCCUCCUCCUCUUCGGCUGCCUCCACCGCCGCCUCCUCCUCCUCCUCCUCGGCGGGGCCUUCGGGCAGCGGAAUGGCCCAGAAGACGUGGGAGCUGGCCAACAACAUGCAGGAGGCGCAGAGCAUCGACGAGAUCUACAAGUACGACCGCAAGCAGCAGCAGGAGAUCCUGGCCGCCAAGCCCUGGACCAAGGACCACCACUAUUUCAAGUACUGCAAAAUCUCUGCUCUGGCUCUUCUGAAGAUGGUCAUGCAUGCUAGAUCAGGAGGCAAUUUGGAAGUGAUGGGCUUAAUGCUUGGGAAAGUGGAUGGUGAAACCAUGAUUAUCAUGGAUAGCUUUGCUCUACCAGUGGAAGGCACAGAAACAAGAGUUAACGCUCAGGCUGCUGCAUAUGAAUAUAUGGCUGCAUAUAUCGAAAACGCAAAGCAGGUUGGUCGCCUAGAAAAUGCAAUUGGCUGGUAUCACAGCCACCCUGGCUAUGGCUGUUGGCUUUCAGGAAUUGAUGUCAGCACUCAGAUGCUUAACCAGCAGUUUCAAGAACCGUUUGUGGCUGUUGUUAUUGAUCCAACAAGGACAAUAUCUGCAGGAAAGGUGAAUCUUGGAGCUUUUAGGACGUAUCCUAAGGGUUACAAGCCUCCUGAUGAGGGCCCUUCUGAAUAUCAGACUAUCCCACUUAAUAAAAUAGAAGACUUUGGUGUGCACUGUAAACAGUAUUAUGCUUUAGAAGUCUCCUAUUUUAAAUCCUCUUUGGAUCGCAAGUUACUUGAACUUCUGUGGAAUAAAUAUUGGGUGAACACUCUUAGUUCUUCUAGUUUGCUUACUAAUGCGGACUACACUACUGGGCAAGUAUUUGAUCUUUCUGAAAAAUUAGAGCAGUCGGAAGCUCAGCUAGGCAGAGGAAGCUUCAUGUUGGGUUUAGAGUCUCAUGACAGAAAAUCAGAGGACAAGCUAGCCAAAGCAACAAGGGACAGCUGCAAGACCACCAUAGAAGCAAUACAUGGAUGAUGUCUCAGGUUAUAAGGACAAACUUUUAAUCAAAUUAACAUUGCUUGAAGUAUAUCACCA